AUUAUGUAAUUGGUGUUAGAUUGCUUACAGCUGUUAAUGUUUUACAAGCGUUUAAACAUCUACAGUUUAUUGAUCUGUCGUCCAACAUGAUUUCUGAUAUUUCACCCCUUCAAAGACUAACUCUUAUCCAUGAGCUUGAUUGCUCCUCAAAUCAAAUAACGGAUAUUCCAGACUGUACCUGGCCUUUUUUGGCAAAACUUGACCUUAGUAGAAAUAAAAUAGCGAGACUCCCAAGGAUGACACAUCCUCUUCUCCAGGCUAUUUAUCUCAACCACAAUCGAAUUUCUAGUCUUGUUGACAAAGAUGGUAACUACCUACUUGAGGAGGAAAAUUUGCCAAAACUUCAUACCCUUGAGCUUCGUAGGAACCAAAUUACAGCGAAUCUACCUACAUUAAACGGUCCUCUGUCAAAAAAUGAAUCAAAUGACGUUCAAAAGUACUUGAAAAAGAUUGGUCUUUAUCAUUCAGGACUGAAGUUUCUGAUUCUCGCUGACAAUAAAAUCAACACAAUGGCGUCGGUCUACAAGCCGCCAGGUGACGUUUCAGGAGGUGAGGAGGUCACCCUCAAAGUUAACGAAUUUGGAUCACGGAUGGGAUUGGUUCCGAAUUUGGUAGUGUUGCAUCUUCGAAAGAACGGGAUCAGAUCCCUUCAGGGUUUUACUAAGGAGGCUUUUGCUUCCUUAAAGUACCUAAAUUUAAGGGAAAACCAGAUAACCAAUCUGGAGGACAUACAACAUUUAAGUGAACUUAAAACCCUACAACAUCUGGUAUUAACAGGUAAAACUUCCCUCUUUUAUGUUGUUGGGUCCAUUUUUUGA